AUGUGCGUGUGCACUUGCCUCGGAGAGGACAACGCAAGGUUCAUCCUUCUUUUCAUUGUCCUGGCGGUGUACAUGCUGGCAGGCGCUGCACUUUUUCAACGACUGGAAGCUGACCUUGAAACGCGACAGGCUGCAGAAUUUUGGCGCGUAUACCAUACUUUUCGAAGACAUCAUUUGCAAAGUGGUCCAGUUGCUCUUCAGAGGCUGGACGAGCUGUUAUACGCUUACGGAAACGCUUCGUCCUCCGGCUUCAUCAACAAGAACCGCCGAUGGGAUUUUCCUGGCAGCUUUCACUUCGUGGGCACAAUCGUUUCCACGAUUGGAUACGGAAAUACUACACCGCAGACAACAGCGGGUAAAGUAACCGCUGUUCUGUAUGGCUUUCUCGGUUGUUCCGGUGGAAUUUUAUUCUUCAACUUAUUUCUGGAGAGGGCCAUCACCUUACUAGCUUGGAUUUUACGAAGCAUACACGUUCACCGAUUAAAAAGACGCAUCUCGAAAAACUUGGUAGCGUCUCGUCGUCGAUCCUUCAGCUCGUCCAAGAAUGAGAAAUCUUCUUUGCCUGAUAUACUCGACGACGACGAUGAGAAUUUAGACCUGGACGAGUGGAAGCCAAGCGUAUAUUGGGUUAUGCUUCUUUUAACGGUAGUAUGCUGUACGGUAGCUUGCUGUGCUGCUGCGGUUUACGCUCCAUUCGAGGAUUGGGAGUACUUCGAUGCUCUUUACUUUUGUUUCGUUAGCUUUGCGACUAUUGGCUUCGGUGACUUCGUUAGCACAGAAAAACUGCAUUAUCCCUACGUUUAUUGGUACCGUUUCGCUAACUUUACAUUUCUACUGAUCGGCUGCUGCAGCACGUACUCUUUAUUGAACGUAACCUCAAUUGUAAUAAAACAAGGAUUAAAUUACAUUAUACAAAAAGUACAAAAAUGUAGAAAUCAAGAUAUGGCCGCAGUACAUUUACCAAGAAGGAAAUCCUCCGUCUCUACGAUGUAUUUUUCAAAGAGAAGAGGAACAAGGAUAGCUGCAAGGGAUUCCUUUAAAGGAGAUCAUUCGGAAACGCCAAGAAGGAUGUCUGGAGAGAUGAUUUCCAUGCAGGACUUUUUCUCAGCGAACAAGGUUACUUUGACUGUAAUGCAAAAACAGUUAGAUGAAAUGGCUCAGUUACAAAAAGAUGGUGUUUCGAUUGCGACCGCUUCUAGCGCGGUAGGUUUUAGACCUGAUGCUGUUGGCCCUUUGGCUAUUGUCAGUGAAAAAUUUAAAAACAACUGUUUUAUCAUCAAAGUCAGAUGUAACAUGUAG